CUCUUUUAGUUUUGUCUUUAACUCCAAAUUAUAUACUCGUAUCUAUUAAUUCUUUCCAAACAACCUUCUUUCUUGAAAACAUCAUAUCAUAAAAUGGCUACAAGUAUCACUACAUCACCAUUGUUCUUGAUCCAUCAUGCUCCAAGUAGUAAUCCCGUCAACAAGAAAACAUCAAAAAGGGUAUUAAUGCUUGCAAAAAGAGACUCCCAUAACACAUCUUCAUCUCUUAUUCAAGUUGGAUCACCCAUCAAGAUUCAAAAGGUUUUUGAAGACAAUUCCAGAGGAAUAGUGUGUUAUAUGGAUGAUAAAGGUGAGAUAACAUGUGAAGGAUUUGAUGAAGGUCCUCGACUUCAUCAAGGUGCUUCAAGAUUUUCUUGUCAUCAACGAGUUGAUCAAGAUAUCGUAGAUCUUCUUAAAAGAAGUCUACUUCAAGUUACAGAUGGUGGUAAAGUCAACUAACCAUGGUUGUCAAACACAGUUCUAACCCACAUAUAUAGAGAGAGAUCAGAGAUGGAGGGAGAAACCAUCUUGAUUAAGCUGUUAAAUAAUGGAUCUGACAUGAUGAAAAACAUCAUUGCAAAGUUUUUUAUGCACACAUGUAUUCAUGCAACAGAGAAAGGUUGUAUGUGACUAUAUGUAAAUAUAUAUAUAUAUGUGUGUGUGUGUGUAUGAUGUGUAUCUAAAUAUCUGUUUCUCUACAAAUGCAUAUUGUGUAUGAAUAAUUUGAUAGUGAAAUAAAAGUUCAUAGUUUCAUCAGACUCUUA